GAACUGCGGGACGGAACGGAUCGCCCGUGUAAGUUACAAAAUUCCACCUUGGCUGUCGCGCCAGGCUCUUGUGCUACUUUCUCCUCUCUGGUCCUGCUGGGCAAACUAUGCCCUGUGAUAAAACAAGAUGAUGAGGGGCGGAUUGUUGCAGAAGCAGAGCACUUCCUCUGUGUGUCUGCUCUGCCGCCACAGAUGGCAGCUUCGCCAGCAACAGCAGCAACGAAUCCAUCCGAACACCCGCCGCGUAUACUCUUCGUGGGACGACAAACCUAGCUGGGGUACCCAACAACAGCCUGCGACACCAAGCGCCGGAGGAGAAGGAGGAGGAGGAGGAGGAGGAGGAUGGGGUGGUUCCUGGAAACCGGCCGCCCCUGCGACACCGGCCACCCAGACGACAUCCGGAACGGGAACCGCACAGAGUCAACCCAAGCCCGCCGACUAUGGCUUGCUUCCUCACGAAAAAGCCGCAAGAGAGCGCCUGUUACGCAUGGCCGCGGCCGCUGUCGCUCCUAAGCCCGCUCCUCAGCCGGCUCGAAAACUGGAACCAGCGCCAUUCAAACGCGCCCCGAAUGACCGUCCGCUGCGCCGGCUACCUGAAGGUCAACAGAACGAGUUUAAAGGGGCUCCGCCUCGGAAGGAACAGCAGGGACCUGUGGUGCGCAGGACGCUCAUGCGUCCGAAAGAACCAGGUCAAGGACCUACAACAGAAACGCCGGGACCCAAAACCGAGCGCGAAGCUCAAAAAAACCAGGCUCCUGUCCGUAAGGUAUUAGAGCCUUUUGGUAUAAGACGUUUCCCGGCACAGGCGCCUCCGCCUCAACAAGCUCCUAGGCAAUCAGCUUCCAGCCAAACGGCUCCUAGCGAACCAAUUCCCAGCCGACCGACACAAGACCCAACAGGUCAAAGUCAACCAACUGUCAGCAGCCUAUCGAGCCUCUCCAGCGGGGAACCAUCAAAGCCGGGCCCAACCAGCCAACCUAGUGAACAAGUCGAUGGGGCUUCGGGGCAAAGCAACUGGGAUGCUUUUACAGCCGCUAGUUUGACACCCAGUCAACCUACUGAACCAGCCGGUGGAGGAUGGGGAACAAGCAGCUGGGGAACAAGCAGCUGGGGCGCCUCUUCAACCUCCAGUCAGCCAGCCAGCCAAUCCCAGACAGAACGACUCCUUCCCCACGAGAAAGCAGCCAGGGAUCGAUUACAGCAAAGACAUGCUCAGAACCAGCCUCAGGCUCCCGCAAAGAAUCUGAGGAGCCUUGCUGAUGGUCUCUUUGCCCAUGAUAGACAGACUUCGGCCAAAGAUCUACGGAAACGCCAAGAGACGGGUUCUCUCAAGGACGACUUGCAGAACGCUGAGGAAGAGGAGCGCCGUGCGGACAAUACAGACGCAUGGGAUGACAUAUUUUCCACUCAGCCUCCUCCUCCAUCACCACCCAGAACUUCAGCUCGUGAGGUUUACCAGUCAAUUUCAUCCAAGUUUGCACCUCCACCGGACUCCAAUUCUACGCGUGAAACUGAAGGGCAAUGGGCGGGGCUCACCCGCCGUUACACCAUGGGAAACGUGGGAAACGACCGCUUGACCGAUAAUAACGAUUUUGUCAAGACUGCUCCCCUUUCUCAGGGAGAAAGACGUUCGGAGCCCGGAGAUAGUAGCAACUUUUGGAAGCAGGCUGAAGAUCGAUAUGCAACCAGACCAGCAUCUCAAGUGCAGUCCGAGGCGGCUUCCGAGGGCACUCGGGAGGCCACCGAGGCGUUCAAGAAGCAGAUGUCGGAUGAUUGGGAUUGGGCUGACGACUACGGAGGAAAGCCUAAGGAGAAGGAAGGACAGAAGCUGGAGCACCAAGAUUUCGAAAAGCCCAGGGGCAGGGAUAAUGCAAGACAGACAAGAGGCGAUAGGGUUACAUUGGAAGAGAUACCGAUUCCCUCGCGGUAUAUCAAGGAGGAAAAGAAACCCAAGAAGAAGGGAGGUAGGCGGCGCGACUACAACGAAGACGACGAUUUUGACGAUAUGGCGUACGAGUAUAAGCGUCGUGAAAGGUUGGCCAAGAAGGCUGAGAAGGAGCGGCUCCAGUAUGAGGAGACCGGCCCUAUUCCUAUUCUCCUUCCCGAGUUCAUCAGCGUUGCCAACCUUGGCAUGGCCCUUGGCGUGAAGACAGAGCUGUUCAUCUCCCAACUGGGAGAGCUCGGGUUUGAAGAUAUCGCCAAGGAUAGCAUCAUGACCGGCGAGACGGCCGCCUUGGUUGCCCAAGAGUACGGCUUCGAGCCAACAGUCGAUGCUGGUGAGGAUGAAGACUUGAGGCCACGCCCUCCUCCUGAGGACCCCUCUACCGUACCCUUACGGCCACCGGUUGUCACUAUCAUGGGGCACGUUGAUCACGGUAAGACUACUUUGCUCGAUUUCCUGCGGAAGUCUUCCAUCGCAGCCGGUGAGCACGGUGGUAUUACCCAGCACAUUGGUGCCUUCUCUGUGCAGAUGUCCUCUGGUAAGCAAAUUACCUUCCUUGACACACCCGGUCACGCUGCCUUCCUGUCCAUGAGACAGCGCGGCGCCAACGUCACCGACAUUGUCAUCCUGGUUGUCGCCGCCGACGACAGUGUCAAGCCGCAGACCAUCGAGGCCAUCAAGCAUGCCCGCUCCGCCAAGGUGCCUAUGAUCGUGGCCAUCAACAAGAUCGACAAGGACCAAGCCAACGUUGAGCGCGUCAAGUCCGACUUGGCCGCCAACGGCGUUGAGAUCGAGGACUACGGCGGCGAUGUCCAGGUUGUCUGCGUCAGCGGCAAGACCGGUCAAGGUAUGGAUGAUCUCGAGGACAACAUCCUUCUCCUGUCCGAGAUGCUCGACAUCCGCGCCGAGCCCGACGGCAUGGCCGAGGGGUGGGUUCUCGAGUCCAGUAUCAAGCCCAUCGGCCGCGUGGCCACCGUGCUUGUCAAGCGCGGCACCCUGCGUCCCGGCGACUUCAUUGUCGCUGGCCGUGUCUUCGCCAAGGUGCGCAGUCUGCGCAACGAAGCGGGUAUCGAGGUCGAAGAGGCUCCUCCCGGUACAGCCGUCGAGAUUCUCGGCUGGAAGGAGCCGCCCGAGGCGGGCGACAUGGUUCUCCAGGCGCCGAACGAAGACAAAGCCAAGAACGCGGUGCACUACCGCAUCGAGCAGAAGGAGCGUGAGGAGGCUAUGGAGCAAAUCACAGAGAUGGAGAGGCUUAAGCGUGAGCGCGAGGCCGAACGGCUCGCCGCAGAAGAAGCCGAGAAGGGCGAAGACGGUGCCGAGGCGACGGAGGAGAAGCCAGAUGGGCCCAAGAUGAUCAACUUCACCGUCAAGGGCGACGUGCACGGCUCGGUCGAGGCCGUGUGCGCGUCGAUCCUCGAGAUCGGCAGCAACGAGGUGCGGCCGCGCGUGCUGCUGUCUAGCCCGGGGCAGAUCACCGAGUCGGACGUCGAGCACGCCGCGGUGUCGGGCAGCACGAUUAUCAACUUCAACAACCCGAUCCCGGGCCACAUCAAGCGCAUGGCGGUCGAGAAUAAGGUCAAGAUCAUGGACCACAACAUCAUCUACAACCUGACCGAGGAGGUGCGCCAGGUGCUGAGCGAGAGCUUGGCCCCCACGAUCUCGUUCAAGGUGCUGGGCGAGGCCGAGGUGGCGCAGGUGUUUGCUAUUAAUAUCAAGGGACGGAAGUACAAGAAUAUUGCGGGUGUCAAGGUCAGGAACGGAAUGGUGAUGAGGAAUGGACGGGUGAGGUUGCAGAGGAAGGGAGAGGUUGUUUAUGAUGGUACCAUCAGUUCAGUCAAGCACGGCAAGAAGGAGGUUACGGAGAUGCGCAAGGGUACCGAGUGCGGUCUCGAGUUUGGUGGUGAGUUUGACGACAUCAAGGAAGGCGAUCUCAUCCAGGUUGUGGAGGAGAUUAGAGAGAGGAGGUAUCUGUAAGGGACUUAUAGUCCUCCUCUUGUAACACCAUACAUACACGAUUGUACAAAAAAGUACCGGGGAUAUAAAAAAUGGGUAUCUGUGGGGAAAAGAUGGAUGAUGGCGGAUAUAGUAUUGCAUAUAUCAGCAGCUAUUGGUGAUGGGAUAUAUAGACAUGGUAGAACCACGUAAGCAUGUGGUGCAUGGAUGAAUUAAUCAAACGUUGGAUGGCGAAUUGAGCAUGGCAGCUGGAUG